CCAAAAGAGAAGGGAAGAGUGUCUCGGACUCUCUAUGUCCUGCAACGACAAAAUGUCAGUGAGAACUUCCAUCAAACACCUGGAGUGCCACCGCUCCGCAAUCCUCAAAACUCUCACUCGCUCUCUCUCAUGGUCGCUCUCCACCCCGCCGCAGUCGCCAAAGCCGCCGCCUUCAAAGCUAGACCAGCAAGAUCCCUACUCGCUCCUCAAGCAAGACCCAAUCGAAAUCUGCUCUUCUCUGUGGGUCAAGGCCUUCUCUUCCCCGCCCACCAUCGCCUUCCCCAACCUCACCGGCUUCCUCUCCAAAUUCGACCUCUGGGUAUUGGCCUACCAGCGUUCCUGCGCCCACGUGACCGGCACGUUCCCGCCCCGCAGCGCUAUCCACUCUCACGUCCUCCAUGACCUCCUUUCCCUCCGAAACUCCGUCGUUCGGGGGAGUUUCUCCUGGAACAAGAAGACCCAGCAGUAUAUCCGAAGCCCCAAUGACAAACCCAGCAAAGAGAUGGUAUCCAAGCGUAAGCUCCAGGCUAUGCUCGAGUCUGACGAGCCCUGCUUCCAAGACCGGGUCGUUCAGGAGGUCCUUUUGAUGAUACUGGAGCCUGUUUUCGAGGCCCGGUUUUCGCCAAAGUCCCACGCUUUUCGACCCGGAAGGAAUGCCCACACGGUUAUUCGGACCAUCCGGAGCAACUUCGCCGGGUACUUGUGGUUUCUGAAAGGAGAUAUCAGUGAGAUUUUUGACAAUGUGGAUAGGAAUUGUGUAAUGGGUUGCUUAGAGCAAGCCGUGAGAGACAGGAAAAUACUGGGUUUGAUCCAAUCGGCUGUCCGAGCACCAAAUCGAAAACAGAGUGAUGGUGAUGGCGAAUGGCCGAAGAACAAAAAGAAGAAGAAAGCGGCGAAGAAGAAGAAGAAGAUUUUGAACGACAAGGAGCCAAAGCCGGACCCGUAUUGGUUGAGGACGUUCUUCAACUUUGCACCUGAAGAAGCUGCUAAGGUACCUUCUUAUGGACAUUGUGGAAUUUUGAGUCCUUUACUUGCUAAUGUUUGUCUUAAUGAAUUGGAUCAAGUUAUGGAGGGUAAGAUAGUUGAGUUUUUUAAGCCAUCUAGUCUCGAUUGUAUAUGGAAAAACUCGAUAAAUGAUGGUUGUCAUAACCCGUCUUGGCCGGAGUUUGUUCCUUCUAGUGGGAGUGAGAAAACUAGAAAAAUGGAUUAUAUUCGAUACGGGGGUCAUUUCUUGAUUGGUAUUCGAGGGCCUAGAGAGGAUGCGGUGGAUAUUCGUAAGCAAAUAAUUGAGUUCUGUGGGAGAAGAUUCGGGAUAAGGUUGGAUAACUCCAAGGUGGAGAUUGAACACAUAACUAGGGGAAUUCAGUUCUUAGACCAUAUAAUUUCCCGAAGGGUUAUACACCCCACGCUUAGGUACACGGCCUCUGGAGGCAAUGUUGUGAGCCAAAAAGGGGUGGGGACUCUCCUUUCGGUUACUGCUAGCUUACAACAAUGUAUUCGCCAAUUCAGGCGGCUUGAGUUUGUUAAGGGCGAUAAAGAUCCUGAGCCACUGCCCUGCACUCCAAUGCUUUACUCUGGUCAAGCUCAUACAAAUUCCCAGAUGAAUAAGUUGUUAGAGACCAUGGCUGAUUGGUACAAGUAUGCUGAUAAUCGCAAGAAAGUUGUUGGGUUUUGUGCCUAUGUUAUUCGUAGUUCUUUGGCUAAACUGUACGCUGCAAGAUAUAGACUAAAAUCACGAGCCAAGGUGUAUGGAAUAGCUUCACGUGAUCUCAGUCGUCCACUGAGGGAGAGCAGCAACAAUUCUGCACCCGAAUAUUCUGAUCUACUGAGGGUGGGACUUGUUGAUGCAAUCGAAGGUGUUCGGUUCUCACACAUGUCCCUGAUUCCAUCUUGUGAUUACUCUCCAUUUCCUAGAAAUUGGGUCCCGGAUCAUGAGCGGCUCUUACGUGACUACAUCAGACUUGAAAACCCAAAAUUCUUUUGUGCCUUGCAUAGAUCAAUUAAACGAGAUGGUUUAAUUUUGCCUCAAGAUGAGAUAUCUGAAAUUCUGUGGGAUUUCAAAACCGUUGGGGUUCGGAACUAUAAGCUAAGGGAAGAAAGAGAAACAAGAAAAGAUUGCGUGGAAGUGCCUGGCUCAUGAUGAAUUCUAUCAGAGAAUGGCAAAUGGAACUUCAUCAAGAGUUGAAUGGGAUAGUGCACCUGCUUGCAAUGCUAAUAGCGUCCAUUUCAUGAAAGGAUGUCAACUUUCCAAUAUAUUGCUUCUUUGUGAGUCUAGCUGCUUGUAAUUGUUGCUGGACUGAAGGACUCUGCACGCCUGUAUAUUUGAGUGAUUGAAGUUCAGCGCAAAUGAGAAGUUAGAAGUGACGGAUUUGGGACAAUUAUUAGGGCCAAGUUUCCUCCUAUGAUUUUCCCUCAAGAAUGUUUGCUAAGCGAACACUUCAUUGCUCACCGUCAUCCUGUUCAUCUUUGUCUUUAAAUGCCAAAGCCGGGAAUGUUGCGGUCAGGCUAGUGGGAACUUUAAAGGUAAGCUUGUCUGAAGAGAGAUCAUCGAAGUAGAUUUCACAUACGGAAAUCCAGACGAAUACUUCCUUACUGGCAACACCAAUGAGCUUCGUGAUCCUACCUUUCUCAACCAGCAUUGUCAGCUCAUCAUCGUAAGAGACGGUCUUGCCAAUGCUCUUAAACUUGUGCGUUGUCUUCUUCUGUUUCAGCCACACGAAGCCUGAUGGCUGGUGGUGGCCCAUCUCCUCGAUGUCUGCCCUGAUGAAGCCUUUGGGAAGAGACAGUUCCUUCAGAAGCUCAUGGAACUUCUGCUUGCACAGAGCUUCACCGUGGUAAGUCUCUGCAUUGCUUCGAUGAGUUUUGAUUAAUGCCAGCCAGUCCACAAGAGAACCCCGAAAUGGGAGAAAACCCCCCUUCGAAAACAUGUUUGAGAAUGGAAUUGUUCGGGAAGGAUCAAGAGCUGGUGGUGGGAGGAAAUGGAAUGCAGGAUUUGGAUUUAUAAUGUAUGCAAAGCUCUGGCUGCAAGUUGCUUGCUACUGAAGUAACAGAAACCUAACUUGGCUAGAUUUCCAGGGUUUAGGGUUAAAGAAUCCUAAAAGCUGUACCAAACGGGCCUUGAAUCUGGCUAGAUUUUCAGCUUCCUAAUACACUCUAAUUGUACAUUAAUGCUUUGAUUAAUGUCGUCUUUUAGCAUGAA